CCAAUGUAAACAAACCGAAGACUUCAACUUCUGGUGAAAGGAAAAACUGUAGAUUCGACGUCAUUUAAAAUGUCAGUUUUUUUUACACUGACGCCGGUCAGCGGCUCACAUGUGAUAUAUUUAUUAUUUCUAUGGGCGAAGGGUAAUAUCUCUGGAUAUUGACCUGGUAAAGUUAUGGGAAAACAUGUCAACAUAGAUAUGUAAUCAAAGCUGCACCGCACGUUUUGAAUAAUUCAACGCUUCUUGCAAAUUAAUUCGUUGUUUGUAUAUUCUUCGGAAAGAUGUUGUUUGAUUUGUACCUGUUUCCUUUUUUCAAGCCUAAAAUUAUCCAGGGGAAUAAGUAAAAGAAGAAACGUCGAAAUAGAUUUUAUACAAAGAAAUUUCUGGUCUGUCCAAUUAUGAAUGAUAAAUUGCCAUUAUUAUUAGUUACGGCCAACGUGGGCUCUCUGUUUGAAGACAUAAAACAUCUUUUACCAAAAUGGUGUAAGGAAAUGACAAAUAAAAUUGCCACUCUUGGAUAUCCUCCAUUUGUAGCUAUUCACUUCCAAGAGAUCGGUGGUAAAUAUCCACAGGCUGCCAUUGAUGGCAUUAAACAAAUGAAUAAACAAUUCUUAGCAUGUGAAGACCUGUCUAAUUACACAACAGUACUUGGUUAUUUUGAUCAGGACUUUACAAAUGAAGAUAAGUAUACUGCCCUCGGAGCUUAUUUUCUUAUUCACAAGUCACUGAAGAAUGUCGCAAUUUGGAAUUAUAAUGAUAGAAGAUAUGAAACAGUGAAAGCAGGAAAACAGAUUUUUACAGAUUGCUUGGACUCUUUGAAUACUAUAGAGAAGUUGAAAUAUCCUAAAGAAUUUUUCCCUGAGAUGAAAUGGUCAAGAAAAGGGUACUUAAAAACUAAAUGGAAGAUUUGUGGAAUAGUCAUGAAUUUGAUUAACAUUCACCUGUUUCAUGAUCCAUCCAAUUUGAUUUCAUUGAGAUCAAGUCCUUCUGUGUAUGCAGAGUACAGGAAACAUGCAUUUGAAUAUGUAUUAAACAGUUUAGAUGAAGAUCCGGCAUUUAUUUUUGGUGACUUCAACUUUCGACUGGAUCAAUGUAAACUUUUAAAGAAGCUGGCAAAGCAAUGUCGUGUUGAGAUGAACUAUUCAGAUGAAGAGAAAGAAACACCCAUAAAGUUAACUUUAACUGAAAAAGAGUCUUAAGGCCCGGCUUAUUGUUGAGCCAAGUACAUUCAAGAUGGAAUGUCCAAGACUUUUUGAAAAAAACGCUCGGAGACUUCGAAAGCUGGACAAGGAGCCUCCAGCAUUUGAGAAAUGGCUUUUUGAGUUUCCUGUCAAUUUCAUACCCAGUUAUCCAUUUACUGAAGAUGUUGAAAUUACAGAUUCUAUCUAUCUUGAAAAAAGAUGUCCCUCAUGGUGUGAUCGUGUUUUAUUAACUCAUAGUACCAAAGAAAUAAUCAUUG